UUGUCUGGUCCUUGCGCCCCAUGGAGCGGGAGCGCAGCUACAGGGGCAAGCGCCCGUUCGAGGCCAUCGACGACAACCGCGAGAGAUCCAGGGACCGCGAUCUCCGCCAGCGUCUGGAACGCGAAGAAGAAGAACAUCGUCGCCAGCAAGCCCAUCGCGACCUUACCAGAGACAGGGAGCGCUCUGGGUACAACCAACCCCGCAGAUCUGAGCACACGCAAUAUCCUCCCCCGCCACCUCCUCCUCCCCCAGCUGGACCGCGAGGGCGCGACCAUGCUCGGGGAGGACAGAAGAGACAGCAUCGCGCGCCUAGACUUCCUCAGGGGGCUGGCACUGCCCAGGCGGCUCCCGGUCUGGCUGCUGGAGGGUCCAACAACGCCGGCCAGGACGCAACCCACAUUACUUGCUACAACUGCGGAAAUCAAGGACAUGUCCAGGCAGAAUGUACCGCGGAAGCUUUCUGUGUGAAGUGCAAGAAGCACGGUCAUCCAACAGCUAUGUGCGUCUCCUUUUCCAAGAGCCUGGAUCCCUACUGGGCGGGAUUCGGAGGAAACCGCCGUGGUUUCGUCUGCUGUGAGGUUCCCGAUGAGGAGAUGUACCAACCCGCAACCAACGCCGCCCUUAUCAUCCUUGAGAAAGAGGGCCUCAAUGAAGAACAGCUGGAGGAUGAACUCAAAGAUUUGGUUGAUGAGAACUGGACUUGGCAGGUGCGCAAGCUGAACGGCUCCGAUUAUUCCGUUGUCUUCCCGUCCAAAGAAAGUCUGCGGAUGGCGAUCCGAGGCGGCGGCAUCACCCUGCCCAUGAGCAAGACCAAGGCCAUCGUUACUGUUCCCACGGACGACCCGCUGGUGGUGGAGAAGCUGGAAGAGGUGUGGGUUCACCUCAUUGGAGUUCCGCCCCCCCUUCGCCGCGCAGAUCGCCUCCUCCUUAGCACCCGCGAAGUGGGCAGGCCCAUCGCGGUGGACGUGGAGUCACUUGACCAUCCCAAUGGCCCCAUCAAGAUGGCUUUUGGAUGCCAAGUCCCUGUUCAGUUGCAAGAGCACAUCACGCUGUUUGUGAAUAUGCAAGGCUUCCGGAUCCGUAUCGUCCCCAUCUCCAAGGACUUGGCGGCGGAAACAAACAACGACCCACCCUCUCCACCGGCCAGAAACAGAGAAGAUGACAAAGAGGAAGACCAGGAAGAGACUGACGAAGACAGGUGGGACCAGAGACGCAAGAAACACUCCGACAAGGGCAAGAACACCCCUGCUUCCGCUCCGGCAGGGGGAAAGGAGGGCUUUGCGAGGAAAUCUGUUCCGCAAAUGACCACAGAAGGGUACUCCUCCCCCUGCUCACCCUCUGCCUGUCGCUCCAAGGACUCUCAGGCCAAGAUGAUCACGCUCCCGGCAACUGCUUUCACUCAGUAUGGUUCGAAUCUCACGGAGAAUGGUGACAUAUUUCCCACUGUGGCCAACAUAAUCAAGCAAGUGCUCGUUUCCCCGCCUGCCUCGUCCCCUCGACAUUCAGACCUGGAACAAAUACAGCUUUCUACUUCUCUGUCUGAAGAAACUGAGGAGGGACAAUCCUAUCUCACGCCGGGGAAGGCACUGGCCUUGGGGGCCGAGGAGAAACAUGAGAUAGGUUGGCACAGCCCGGCUUCGGGGGAAUCCACGGCCUCCGCUCUUCGGGCCAGCGAAAGACGCAGCAAAAGCAACAAUGACCGCCCAUCUAGGAAGCUCAUGCUGGAAGCCGCUGGGUCUCAACUCUUCGCGGAGGAAAACGACGUCCCUGGGAUGGACGUGACAAAGACUUCGCUGCACCGGGCUCUCGCCAUCAAGGACGUCUCAGCAACCCCGCAAGCUCUUCUGGAAGAAUCUCCCAUUCCGGCGCUGGGGGCGUCGGUGGCCCGUGCGCCCCGUACCAAGAUUUCCACCGCUGAAGCACUAAGGAAGAGCGCAAGGAGCGCGGGGGUGGCGGACGAGCCGGUGCUGGCCAGAGCCAUCCGCCACGCCGCUGUCAAAAACGCUUCUCCCUCUGCCAAGCCAGCUAUGGAGCGUCAAGGCAAAGUCAAGCGACAGGGAGGGCCUCCGGUGGGUGGAGAACAAGCUGAGGGAGCUAUACGCCGCCGUGAGACCAGGACAACCAAGCCAGUGAAGUCUUAGCAUAUCUUGUCCAUGGAGCUUGCCCCUGCUUUUCCUGUGUUUCGUCUUAUCACCGUUGUUAUUCCCCUAGUCUGUUGUUACUUUUGGCUAAGCUGUAUG